ACGGCACGGGGAGGGCGCUUCCCUCCGCUGUACUCGAUAAGCAGAAUGGUUUAUCAAAUGUAAAUUCACGUCAAGCACGGCUGGAACGGAAGAGAAGUUGGACCCCAAACAGAUUGAUUGUAAAGCGUGACAACAAGUGCACAGCUGUCCUAACUGGCGAGACUCCACAGCAUUUAGCAGUAUGCGCGAAAGGGCGGAGUUCCCCAGUUUUUAGUCCCUGGGCUGUUGGUUACUGGAAGAAAGCUCGCCUCGGAAGAAGACGGUGAAGUACUUGGCGCCGAGAGAGCGGGUUACUGAUCCCACGCAGUAAACAGUUGCUCGCAGUCGACAAAGGCACAGUGCUCACUUCGUUUCUUGGGCGCCCCAUAUCAUUUCACACGCCACCCAAUUUUGACAAGGACCACAGCGGCUAUUCUGGGGGGUGGGGUGGGGGUGCGUUAUCUCUUUCUCUUUUUCGGUAAAGAAAGAAGGCUGACGUGCUUUUUUGUGACAUUUUUGUGGACCUGGUUGUGGGAGUACUAGGGGACGAGGCUGUGCGAAUCACGGAGCUGCCCUGAACCCCAGGCGCUCAUGGAGGGAGACGUUAUGGACAAACUGGGGGACAUGGCUUCGAUGAGUGAAUUCGACCCCAUUACGGGCAACAUCCCCGCCACCAAAGUGGAGAUCACGGUAUCCUGUAGGAAUCUGUUAGAUAAAGACACCUUCUCCAAAUCCGACCCACUGUGUGUCCUGUACAUUCAAGGAAUUGAAACCAAACAAUGGAGAGAGUUUGGAAGAACAGAAGUGAUUGACAACACGUUAAACCCCGACUUUGUCAGAAAAUACAUCCUUGACUACUUCUUUGAGGAAAAGCAGAAUCUGCGCUUCGACUUGUAUGAUGUGGAUUCCAAAAGCCCUGAUCUGUCUAAGCAUCCUUCUGAAUUCAACGACUUCCUCGGCCAGGCCUUCUGCACGCUCGGAGAGAUUGUAGGAUCUCCUGGCAGCCGGCUGGAGAAGCCACUGAGUGGAAUUCCUGGAAAGAAGUGUGGCAUCAUCAUUUUAUCUGCUGAAGAACUGGGAAACUGCAGAGAUAGUGCCACUAUGCAGUUCUGCGCCAACAAACUGGACAAGAAGGACUUCUUUGGCAAAUCAGACCCUUUCAUGGUGUUUUACAGAAGCAACGAAGAUGGAACGUUUACAAUCUGUCACAAAACGGAGGUGGUGAAAAACACACUGAAUCCUGUUUGGCAGGCGUUCUCCAUCCCUGUCCGAGCACUGUGCAAUGGGGACUAUGACAGAACAAUCAAGGUGGAGGUGUACGACUGGGACAGGGAUGGCAGCCACGACUUCAUUGGGGAAUUCACCACCAGCUACCGAGAACUGGCCCGGGGACAGAGCCAGUUCAAUGUCUACGAGGUGGUGAAUCCCAAAAAGAAAAUGAAGAAAAAGAAAUACAUUAAUUCAGGAACGGUUACACUGCUGUCAUUCACGGUGGAAUCUGAAUACACCUUCCUCGAUUACAUUAAAGGAGGAACUCAGAUCAAUUUUACCGUGGCCAUUGACUUCACCGCCUCCAAUGGUAACCCUUCUCAGUCCACCUCGCUGCACUACAUGAAUCCCUACCAGAUGAACGCCUACGCUAUGGCCCUGAAAGCAGUGGGGGAGAUCAUCCAGGACUACGACAGCGACAAGAUGUUCCCCGCGCUGGGCUUCGGUGCCAAACUUCCUCCUGACGGACGGGUGUCUCACGAGUUCCCCCUGAAUGGCAACAUUGAAAACCCAUAUUGUAAUGGAAUAGAAGGGAUAUUAGAAGCUUAUCACCAGAGUCUGAAAACUGUUCAGCUCUAUGGACCGACCAACUUUGCACCUGUUGUCAAUCACGUGGCAAGAUAUGCAGCUGCAGUGCAGGAUGGAUCGCAGUACUUUGUGCUCCUAAUUAUCACGGAUGGCGUCAUAUCAGAUAUGGCUCAAACAAAGGAAGCCAUUGUUAACGCUGCUAAACUUCCAAUGUCUAUCAUUAUUGUUGGAGUGGGACAGGCUGAGUUUGAUGCCAUGGUGGAGCUGGAUGGGGAUGACAUCCGAAUAUCUUCCCGAGGGAAACUGGCUGAGCGUGAUAUCGUUCAGUUUGUUCCGUUUCGAGACUACAUGGACCGGACCGGGAAUCACGUGCUCAGCAUGGCGCGACUGGCGAAAGAUGUACUGGCUGAGAUCCCAGAUCAGUUCAUCUCCUACAUGAAGUCGCGAGGCAUCAAGCCCAACCCAGCCCCGCCUCCCUACACGCCCCCCGGACACACCCUUCACACCCAGAUCUGAUUGGAGCACCAGCGGAAGGGGAGGGGCUGUAGGGAGGAGUGGGGUGUCAUUGAAGUCCAGAGCUCCGGGAGCAUCCGGGAAAGUUCCGUACGACUUGCCAGUGGAAUUCCCGAGAAAGUAGGAAGCACAUUGCUUGCGGUUUUGUUUUUUGGCGAUAAGAAACAAAAAGACUUCUUACCUUGGAUGAACGGAACAUUCUGGAAAAACAACAGGACACAGGGGUUUUCUUUUUUCCUUUUAGAAGCUGUGAAAGGGGUCAGAGAAGGAAAUCACAGAGAGAUGGGUAAUUUUUUUUUCCAGCAGAGAGUAUGGAGGCGAGAGUGAGGAGAGCAGGAAGGACAGUGUCAACAGUGUAAAAUUCGUGCCUGUCUGAAAUUGUGGUUGUCUAACUAACUGUUCUGGACAGUCCGCAUUGUUUUUUUGCUUGUCAGAAGUGCUCACCUAUAGCAGAGUAGAGUCUGGGCACAUGGGUGUGACGUUUGUAAAUACCUUUCUGAAUGGCGUACUUCGGUUUAUGACGUUUCCACAAAAUAAUUUAUAGAGUUUUAACUAUUUAUACAGGGGGAAAGGUGUAACAUCCUUGUAGUUACCUCUUUUAGUUAAUGGUUUGUUUUGUAAGGUUAUUCAUCCACUAGUGACUUUCCUUAUAAAAUGCAUGGUCAUGGGGUACAAUUACACAACUAGGAAAUACUGCAUUACAAGAAGAUUUACCCAUCUCCCCUUCUCAUGUAAUAAAUAACACAAAUAUUCUCAAAUAAAGCCUAGCCUUUGUUUUUAAAGGGAAGUAAAAGCACAGGUCGAUAAUAAUAAAUAGCAUCAAAGCUUAUAAAAAAAAUACAUUUUACAAAACUGGUUUGUAACAAAACUCUUCCAAGCAGAGAAUUUCUCCCCUUUAAUUGAAGUACAGUACAUUCCUGCAGCAGUUAUUCUCUGUGCCUGUGACAGGAUUUUUACUCCCUGUGCUCUUUCAGUGUAUAGCUACCCUGCUGGAAAAAGAUCAAAGGAAUCUGUAGGUACACAGGCACCAUUUUUCCUCUCACCCGCUGGCCUGUCGCUGCAGAUACCUGAGCACAAUUUGUUUCACCUUUUCCAAUGAUUAGAAGUCGCUCUCUCGGAGUCUCUACAGUCACUUUCACCCUUUAAGGCUCCCGGUCUUGUGUAAGGCUGUCACACUGCGCCCUCACUGGAGCAGAUAUACAAUUCCCUUAACCUUCCCAUGAAUGAGCAUUCUGUGUUGAACAAGCAGCACAUCGAAAACUAUGACAAAUGGGACAGGAGGAGGGUCUGAGUAUCAAAAUUCAUCUGCAAAGGAAAGAAAAAACGUUACUCAGGGUUUCAUAGGGAGUGAGGGGAUCUUUUCAAUAAGCUAAAUUAGUUCUCGAGAUAAGCCAUGAUCAACUCCAGACCUUUUGUGUCACACUGGAAAUUCACUGGACGACUCAGUAAAGCCAGGUGGAGAUACAGGAAAGUGUCUUUCUCUUGGUCACCAGUCAGUCUGUCUCUCCCUAUCUCCUCUUAUUUAUCAACCCUGCCGGGCAUAGCAUUUUAUUGUCACUUUCAGAAAUCAAUUAAACAGCCGCGCUCCUUCGAACAUCAGCCGUUUCUCAUGCCUGUGAAUCAGAGUGUAAAAGAAAACAGCAGAUGGAUAUGUUCCUUCUUGGCACAUUUUUUUCUUCUGUUUUGGUAAUUAAUUGAUUUUAUUUUCUAAUUCAACUCAACACUUAUUUUUAAUGCAUUGAGUUAUUAAGGUGUGAUUAUUACCACAAAAUAAAUAUGGCUAAAUGCAGUGAGACAGCCUUCUGGCCGCUGAUUAAGGGUUCAUAGUCAAGUCUUGCUGCUGUUGUUUCUUGUCUGCUAAUUGUGCUUUAACCCAGUAAAGUGAAUUAAAGCCUUGUGAAAUCACUGGAAAGCUCAUACAGGUAUGCUGAACCACAGUAAAACCUGGCAAAACCUGAACCUUCACAGAAACCUGAUGGAAGUAUAUUAAAGCUGCAGAAAUCCUGUUUUAAUUUGUCAUGGUAGACUGAAGUCAUGAAGGGCACUGCCAAAUAGGGGUCACAGAAUUUUGCUUGUUACAUCACUUAUGAAGCAUUGAAAUGCUGUGUACUGAGUAAUGUAGGGUGAGAGAACAGUGUUAUAAGGGCAGUGCUGUACAAGUCGUCAGGUUGUGCAUACACCAAAAGCAGAUCGCCUUUUUUAAAUAGCAGUUACCACUAUAAUAUGUUAUUUUCAUAGAACAUGAUUCUUUAACACUAAUAAACCGUCCUGUAUACGUAUAAUGGUUCACAUGCUGUAUUGCAAAUCCAGCCCCUGCACUACUUUUCUGCCGAGAUUCCUUCCAGCUGAGACGCACUGCUGAAGCAGGAAUGUGCAGUUGCUCAUUAUUCUUUCUAGAACACUUACAAACCUGAUGCAGCCUUUGAAGAGCAAAGGCCUCCUGUUGAGCUGUGUUUGUCACUGCGAGCUCUCAGGCACUGCCUGAAGUGUCAGUACCCCCUACCACCAAUGUGAAAAAAGCUUAACGCUGGCAAAAUAUCUGAUGGAAACAGGCCUGUUGGUGAUGGACUGUAAAGACAGAAAUUAUCCUCACUUUGUUGUGGAUUUAUCCAGAUGACAUGGGAGCAAACUGAUUCCCAUACACAGUCAGAAAACGACUUAAAAUUAGUCUCGGAUACAUCAAAAUAACUGGAUGGAAACAAGCUCAGGACUUUUUUGUGUUUGUUCUUCAUAGUAUUAAUGCAUAGGAUUAAAAGUACACUCAUAGUGUUCAGUAUUAUAGAUUUUAAUCAGAGGUGAUGGUCUAAGGGCUGGACUUUGUGACACACUGGUGCUGCAUUAGUGAGGAAUGGUGGUGUGCUUUACUGCCUGGAGGGCUGACAGGCAGAAUGUUUUGCAAGACCCUUCUAUAAAAAUACCAUUUUAUUUCAAAAGCCAGACCUACCAAUGCAGGGCCUGAGCUGCCUUCUAUAGUAGUUGAGUAGGUGACACAAUCCCAUGCAGAAACAGGAGCAGGCAUGAACACCACAGGCCUUGUGCAUGACAGGAGAUCUGAAUGCAGAUUCCAACCAUGUAAUUGGCAGUAGCCAUAUAUCUCCAGAUUUGCUUAUUAAAUGCUUUGGCUGACACUUUACCCAAAGCAACAUACAAAGGUUGCAAGUAUGUUGUUUAUUUACGUAUUUGCAUACUAAUUCAUCCAGACAGAUUGGCAGAAACAAUUUAGGACAGUGCCUUGCUCAAGAGUACAGCAUCAAUGUCCCCAUCAGGGAUAGGAACCCAUUUGCUGCUGAGCAGGAGGUCAGAGUACUCAGUCUGUUUCCAGGCGACUCAUUGGAAAUCAGGUAUAGGAGAAUCACUGGACACUUAAAUCUAUACAGCAUGUUGUAUCACACAUCUCCUUUCAUCAGCAUCAACCAUAACGAUUUUGGAAGUUAUCAUGUGCAGCAGCUAGAGAUGCCAACUCCAUGGGUGCUAUCAUUUCGUCAAACUAUUCUUAUAGCAGGGAUGAAUGUAUUUUUUACUUUGUUUUUGAGAGAUUACCGAGUAAUACCUAGCCAAAUAACUGUUAUAUUUUGUCUGAAACCCGGUAGUAAAUUUAACUGCUUGUAAGUGCAUUAUGAUUCACUUAGUUAAUUGAAUUUGCUAGUUUGUAAUGACCUGUCAUAAUUAAAUCAGAAGGAACUGAUGAUUCCCCUGUCUGCACAGGGUUGGCUCUGCCAGCGAGUAUACUUAAAAUGAAAUGUUUCUUUCCCAAAUGGAUACAUUCCCAUCUGCACUUUAAUGGACUCCUGAUAGUAUCUUGCAAUCGUUUCGUUCUGUACCGGAGCAAAACCUAAGAAAGGUCGGACAUUUCAUCAAAAGCGGACAUCACCAUUGAGGUGGCUCACCUUUAAUGAUGAGUAGGAAAACAUUUUUUGCGAAAAUUAUGUUGCAAAAGGUAGAAAGUUAAAGUUUUUCAAUGAAGGUGGAAUGUGUGUUUAUGGAGAAUGGAUUUGAGGGAUGGUAUCAUGAUAGAAAGAUUUCAGAAGUGUGAUCUGCCACCAGGAGCCUUCUAUUGGAAAAUGAUGAACUCGCUAAACAAGUAUAAUUUGGUGCCUGUGACUGCAGUAAUAUGACACCUACACAUGUACAGUCCCCACAUCUUAGCAACAUGACACACCCCUUCUAGAAAUCCCUUUAUUCUUUGAAACAGGUGUGAUUUACAUAGUAAGAUCAGAUCACUUUAUUAGCCAUAUUAAGUUUCUUGCAUUAGGAAUUCAUCUUUUCACAUACCCCAGCUUGCU